AUGAAGCCAGUACAGAGCAGGAUGAAAAAGGAUGAAAUUAAUCCAAUGCUUGACUUCUUGGUUAUUGCGCCUGAAAGAAGUCUGGAAACUAAAGUACAGAGUCAAAACUGGACUAAUGACACAGAAACAAAGAGCAUCAAUUUAGAGCACUCUGGCAUAGGCUGUACGUCUCUCACUGAUGCAGCUGAGAAAGGUUAUACAGAGUUGGGGCAAAGGUUAUUGGAUAUAAAUUGCAAUAAGCAUAAUGGCCUGACUCCUCUUACUUUGACUGUACAAGAUGUGGACAUGUUGGAAAAACUGAGGGAUCUUAAACCAGCAGAGACUGUUCAAGAAUUUUUUGAACAUAAUGAAAGAUCAGCGAGUCAGUGUGCAGCCCAAGUGAAAAACACUGCAGGAAAAUAUCUGCCUGAUGUAUUACCAAAUCAAUUAUCACCACAAGGUAACUUCCUGGAAUAUGGAGAACCAAAUGGGCUAAAUGUUGAUCUUGGCUUCUGCAGUUCACAGAUGUCAACUGUGAACUCAGAAAACAUAAAUUGUUUGAUGAGAAGAAAUAAGGGACUAGCUUCUGAAAAAGACAAUGUUUUGGUCAAGCAAUCUGAUGGAACAAAUACAGAAUUUCACAGACAGACACAAGGUCCGCCAAUUCUUCUUGCUUUCAAUACUGCAAACAAUGCAUUACGAGAGAUGAUUUGUCUUUACAAUGAUUUAGAAACAAAUAGUGCAGAGACCACAUUGGAAAAUACUGGGAAAGGUCUCAAGAGAGAAAAACGUCAUUCAUCUCUCCCAGAUGAAAUGCUGUUGGCUUCUGUAAAGCUAAAGGGGCCAUCUUUACUAAAUGCACCAACCAGAAGGAACAAAUGGAUUGAAAAUGUGCCUGCUCUUGGAAUUAUCACUGGAAUGCACGGCUCGCAAUCUGAACCAAUUAUCAAUUAUACUGAAACACAUCUGGAUUGCUCGCAAGGUUCACAGACUCAUAAGCAAAAGUUAAAAAAGAAAGGGGCAACUGAUUCAGAGAAUAGCAGCAACACUUUUAAGCUGUCUUUACCACAACUGAUCACCAACAAUGCAAAGUCUUCAGUGCCUGAGCAACAUCUUUCAAUACAGGGAAGAAUCAUUGAUAAAUUAAAUGACAACAGUACUAUCUCUAAUGUCACUGCUACAACAUUGCCAUCAAAACACCCAUGUCAUUCUUUAUCACCAUAUGAAUCAAUAACAAAGAAAAAAGGACCUAACAACCAAUCCUUAGCAUUGUCUUACAGACAAGAAACUUCAGAUGAAUUUUCAAGUGCCAGUGUACCUAGCAACCAAAAGUUGUUCACUGUUGAUCAAUGUCCUGAAUGCACUCAAGGCUUUGAACCACAAUGUACACUGGCAUCUGAAAUAGGAUAUGGCAUUAAGAAUAAUGAACUGAAUUUAACCCUUCCUAUGCCACUUAAUGAUUCAAAGUAUGUAGCUUCUGGUACAAGAAUCAAACACGAGCCUCUAGAUGAAGAAAUAUCUCAACAUUUGUUUACAAAGGAUGUUACUCAUUCAACACCUACAAAAAAUACAUACUGCACCUCAGCUGAAUCAGAUGAAAAAUGCAAAUACAAAGAAGCUGAUAUUGCAGGAACAAACUUAGAUGAAGUAGUUGAUGCUAGUUAUUGCAAAGAUAGCAUUACACUAUUGGAUACAAUUCAGUGCAGCCAGCUGAAUUUAGAGAAUAGUGAGCCCCUUAAAGGAAGCACGAAUGCAGAUUUUUUUAACAUGACCACCAUAAGCCCAGAGGAAAAUACAAAUUUCCAGGAUGUACAACAUUCAAAAAUAUCAGUAAGUGAGACCCUUCUAUGCAAAGAGGAGCUGGAACCAAGUGAUAAUCUGUUUCAAAACAACAAUUUAAAAGAAAACAUAAACCACAAAGGCACGACUCAAAAUUUAGCGGAGAAUUUUGGACAAAGUGCAACGAUUCCAAAGAAGGCUGUCAGGACAAAAUAUGCCAUUUUUAUAAAGGAAAACGUGGCUCGGAAAGAUAAGAUUGACUUAAAAAGUACUUCUGCCAUACAUGUCACAGCAAAACAAUCACCAGCCAAAGCACAGAACUUCUUGAAAGUGAACCCUGUUAAAAUGAAGAGUGUUAGCAAGGCUAUGCCUUAUAAAGGCAACCAAAGCCUCAAGAUUUUAAUUUCAAAAGAACCAGAACAGAAAAAGAAAAUAAGCAAGGUUAACUGUGUUAAUCAAAGGAAUGUCUCCACUCCAGAAAGAACCAACAAAUGUAGUGCCAAUUCAUUACAGUGCCUCGCCAUUCCAACACAAAGUUGGCUGAAGAAAAGUACAUUUAUGCCCUCAACUGCUCAGCUACUAAAAUAUAAAGGCGGCCCUAGUCUCCCUUUGCUGAAAGAUCCUGAUCUACACCAAGUUCCAUCAAAAGUGAAAACAAAAGGACAAGUUGGAAUUAAAUGUCUCUUGAGAAAUGGAUCACUUUCUAAUGAACAAAAUCUUCCAAAUAUCAGCAGAAUUUCAAACAGUCUUAAUAAGUCACCAGUUCUGCAAGUUUCAAGAUCACAUUUCACGAAUGAUUUCUCUGCAUUAAAGUAUAGUGAUAUGUUUCAGGAAAUAAAUCCAACCGAAAAAGGCCCAGGCAUUUAUGAAAUGUUUGGCACUCCAAUGUAUUGCAUUACACGAAAGUCCACAAAUUGUGAAAGUAAUCAUAAAGUUAUUCAUUCUAUACCACCUAGAAGGCAAUCAAUAUGCAAGAAGUCCAAAUCAAACCAAGUAACUACAAGAAAUACUGCCAAGAUUUCAAAAAGUAAUCUGAACUCUAAACAUAAGAGAAGUCCCGGAAAUGUUAAAAAGAACGUAGAUGAGAAUGCAGGAGAGAAAAACACUCCUUUAUUCAGCGAUGAAGGACCAGAAAAUGUGGUACUUGCUGGCCACCAUUGCCACGUAAAAACCUAUAGGAAAGAGGCAUUAUCCCAUGAAUUAAUUAACCAAGAGAAAAGUGGCAAUCCCUCAGAUGGCAUAAACUCCCUUCAUUCAUUAUCAAAUAAUAAAGAUGAGCUAGAUAACCAGUAUUUGUCAACUAUUACAGAAAUCUCAUUUAAGCAAACUUCAAACAAAUCUAACAUUUCAGAAGAUUUAUAUAAGGAAUCAAGUACUUCUGUUAAUGGAGAUGAUCCAGGACAUGAUGCAACUGAUCAGUCCAAAUUUUACUCUUUGGGAGCACGCAAGGAUGCAGAUUGUCUUGCUACUGAUUUAUUUGAGUUACAACAGCAACUGAACAUCACACUUAAUGAAGAUGUAGAUUUGGGCAAAGGAAGUCAAAUUGUAGAAUGCCGAGGGACUACAGAUGCACAAGAGCCGACAACUGCUUUGACUAAUCCGGUUAUCUGGGAUGUUAGAGAGGAUGAAUCAGAAUCUAUUGCUUUAUGUACUGAAGACCAAGAUAACACCAUAUUUUCUACAGUAAAAGAUGCUUCAAACCCAGAUUUCAAUCUUAAUGGUUUUCCAGUUCAACGAAUGAUCAACACGUGGACUACAGAAGAGGUUUGCCCUCCACAUUGCCUUGACCGUAAUAGUCCGGACAGUCUUACGGAAGAGUUGCUUGCUUGUCUUGCAUCAGAAUUAUUGUUAGAAGAACAAAACACUUGUACUGACACAACAGAAGUGACCAAACCAUUUCUACAAAAGGAAGACGAUAGUAAGAAUGGCUUGUUUCAAAAUGGAUAUGGAAAACUAAAUGAGAAUAGCCUUCAGAGUGCAGAAUAUACAGUUACAAAACUAUGCAAGACUUCUAGCAGAUCAAACAGCUCACUAGGUUACUCUAUGAAAUCUGAAAGUAGCUCCAGUUGUGAGGAUGCCAUUAUAUGGACCAAAGGAAACGUGCUUGGCAAAGGGGCCUAUGGCACAGUAUACUGUGGUCUAACCAGUCAAGGGAAAUUAAUCGCUGUUAAACAGGUUUCUUUGGAUGCAACAAAUCAUAUUGCAGCAGAAAAAGAGUAUCAGAAAUUAGAAGAAGAAAUAGAGUUACUGAAAAAUCUAAAACAUGUCAACAUUGUGAGUUUUCUCGGUACAAACCUAGAAGCAAAUGUUGUUAGCAUUUUCAUGGAGUUUGUUCCUGGUGGUUCCAUUGCUGGUAUCAUUAGUCGAUUUGGACCAUUACCGGAACCUGUUUUUUGUACAUAUACUAAACAAAUUUUAAAAGGAGUGAACUAUUUACAUGAUAACAGGGUGAUUCACAGAGAUAUAAAAGGAAAUAAUGUCAUGCUUAUGCCUAAUGGUGUGAUAAAACUUAUUGAUUUUGGAUGUGCCAAACGCAUGACUUACGUGAACAUGAGUGAUACACACAGUGAAAUGUUAAUAUCAAUGCACGGAACUCCUUAUUGGAUGGCACCUGAAGUGAUCAAUGAGACUGGACAUGGGAAGAAAUCUGACAUUUGGAGUAUAGGCUGUACAGUGUUUGAAAUGGCAUCAGGGAAACCACCUUUGGCUCAUAUGGACAAAAUUGCAGCCAUGUUUUACAUUGGAGCAUACAGAGGUCAGAUGCCAAACCUGCCUGAAGAGUUCUCUGAGAAUGCAAGAGACUUUGUACAGAUUUGUUUAACAAGUGAUCAGCAUGAACGACCUUCAGCAAAACAUCUUCUACAACAUCCAUUCAUCACAAAGAAACAAUAAAAAAUACAUUCAGGAAGAUAAAAUUAUAGCAGAAAAUUUCAACAAUGCUUUCAACAGCUACUUUUGGACAGCAUAAAGACAUUUCAUAAUGAGUAAGUCAUGUACAUAAAACUGCAUUUUGUGAAGCAUCAUAUUUACACAUUCUAAAAUGUUUGUGCUAUCAGCUAUACAAGAAGCUAUUUUGUACUAUUUUUCCCCUCAUGAAGAAUUACUCUUUUUUGAAGUCUAAUACAUUGCAUGAAUUUCAUUUUUAUUUUGCAAUUGGAUAAUUAGGAAAUUUUUCACAAUGUUGCCCUUAAAACACUCAGCACCCUUUCCAAAAGGAGUAAAAACAAAAUGGCUGGUUCACCCUGGCAAAAUUUUUAAAAAGUUGCUCUUUGCAUUAGCCAAUCUACAGUUAAAAAGUUGCCUGACAUAAAAUAGGAAACUGGAAUGGCCAUUACUUGAGGUAAAGAUCUGUCAUUUUAUAAUGGCAGAUUGAGGCAGCUGUGGAUUUACUGAAUGCACAAAUGAAGAAUGCCCAGAAAUGUUUUGAUUAAAAAUAGGACUGACAGCCCUGCAAACAGACAAGCAACACGCUCCACCUUCUCUUCAUGUACAUGCCCACAAUGGCAUAGAUUCAUCCGAUUCAUUAAUCCAAUCACUGCCCAAUUGGUUUACUCAGCCAUCAGAAAAUUGAAACUCAAAAUAAGCAGCAUUUAAUGAUUCUGUAGUAGUGUCUAGGUCCAAAACAUCAGCUUUCCUGCUCCUCUGAUGCUGCUUGACCUGCUGCGUUUAUCCAGCUCGACACCUUACUAUCUCAGCGUUCAAUGACCUGUUUACAUUUGCUGUUCAGGUUCGCCUCAACACAGUUAUGGGUUAAGGAGACAAGGUGGCCAAAUCUCUGGAUAGCUAAUCAAUUAGGCUCUUCCAGUAUAGUGAUAGGAUCCCUAUCUUUAAGCCAAGAGGCCAAGCUUCAAAUAUACACUUCUGGAGCAGUUGGGACUAAUUUCUGUACAGGUUGUUGACAAAAUAUCCAGUUGUGGUUCAAACUUGGACAAGAGCUGAAAUCAGACGUGAGGUGAAAUUAGUGACUAACAUCAUGGCAGCUCUUGAGCAGGUGCAAGGAGCCCUAAUCGGAUGGGAAACUCCCCACUGGUCAGUCAGACCUAGCUCAUAUGAAGAUUGUUAGAACCACUGGAGGCCAAUCAUUUCAGCUCCAGUACUUGGCUGCACAAGUUCCUUAGUAAUGCCCUAGGUGUAAGCAUCUUCAGUGCUUCAUUAUUAACCUUCCCUUGUAAAAGUUUGGAAGUGGAGACAUUCAAUGUUUAGAAACUCAAGUAGUCCAUGUCCAUGCAAGACCUGAACAAAAUUCAGACUCAAGGUGAUGGGCUGUAAGUAACAUUCACACCACACAAGUAGUGUAAUGAUCACUUCCACUAAGCAAAAAAAAAGAAAAUCUCGCCACCUCUCCAUGACAUUACCAUUGGCAAAAUUAUCCACAAUCAACAUUUUGUGAAUGAUAAACCAUUCAUUCCCUCCAUCACCGUCACAGCAGCUGUGUACAAAGAUCAACUACAGAAACUCAUGGUCCUUAAACAGAACUAUCCAAACUCAGAAUCUAUCACCUAGAAGGUGAAGUACAGAUGUCUGGGGACAUCACCUACAGUUUCACCCUCAAGCCACAGUUCAAUAUGACCUGGAACUAAAUAGCCAUUCCUUUACCAUCACUGGAUUAAAACCCUGGAGCUCCCUUAGCUGCUUGGUGGGCGUAUCUACACCAGUUCAAGACAUCAGCUAUUCACGUCUGCAAAAACAUAGGAAACUGGCACAUAACCCCCAAAUCUCAUGAAGCUUGAGAACAUUAACAGUAAGAUACAGAUCUGCAGAAUCCCUUUGUACCUUCUCCCAACACUUCCCUUCCUCACCACCUCACAGCAUUAGAUUCUUGCCCAAGGAAGGGUGCACAAGUUCUAGAGACCUUCUUGUGGUUGGUCAACGAGUGGACAUAUUUCUAACUAGAUAACAUCAAAUAUAAACGCAGCAUGUGCUUGCCUGCCACUCAGGAUUAAUAAGUUCAAGUCACACCAUGCUAAUUUGCUUCCAGCUCAAUCAGGAAUGCCAUUAUCACAACAUUUUCUCUAAUUUUCUUACAAUUACCGUAUGAUCAUGGCCAAAAACCGUUCAAAAACACUGAUGCUUGUUUUGAGUAAUGUUGUGGAAAAUAUAGAGCACUUUUAACAGAUACUGAUAUGCGGUGUCAGCUGCAAUUCAGUGCAAACAAUCUUGUCCAAGUAAAGAUGAAAGUCUAGGUAAGAGUUUGAACACAAAAAUCCACAGGUGUUUCAGUGCAGUACUAGGAAUUUUUUUUUUGGACAUUCGAAUGGAUGCUAAAUGGAGGCUGCCUCCGCUCAACAAAAGUUCCAUGGAAUAGUUCUUCUGUUAAUGAAUAACACUUGAAAAGCAACAACUGGUCAUCACCACAUUGCAGUUUGUGGAACUUGUGUGCAAAUAGGUUACUGUAAUGUUGGAACAUGCGGACACAUUACAAAACUAUUUCUGACACUAUUUUAUAAUCUGGAACAAUAUUUAUCAUGAUCACAAGUGCCAGUGUAUUGCCAUGACUAGUUAGCUAAGAUUACCAACUUCAUAUUGAUUUUGUUGCUUAUUUUCUGUUCAAGAUGGCUCCAAAGUAACAAGUAAUUGACAGCUAUUGGCUUAUAAUACCCUAGGUAAGCAGUCUGUAGAGAAAUACCAAAAAGAAUGGGCAACGAAAAUGCUACAAGCUGAAGAACUGGGAGGCAGGUAUAAUUACAAUAUUUAAAAGGCAUCUGGGUGGGUAUAUGAACAGGAAGGGUUUAGACAGAAAGGAGCUAAAUGCUGGUAAAUGGGAUUCGAUCCAAUCGGGAUGUCUGAUUGGCUGAUAAGUUGGACCAAAAAAUCCGUUUCUGUGCUGUAUGACUACGACACUGUAAGAGUUCUAGAUGGAUGUCAAGUCUUUCAAUUUCAGAGCUAGAAAUAAAACUGUUGAUAUAGUUGAGGACCAAAUGCAUCAAAUGAUGUACCAUCUGUAUGCCAACUCAACGUACAUUUUGAGACUUCAGGAUAUAGUCCAUGUUUACCCCCUUAUAUUUUUGAUUUGUAAAGCUUCACUUAUUUGAACACAAGAUUACAGGCACCUUAAAAAUUAUGAAACAGUAUUGUUUGAGAUGAGCUUAGUAUGUUUAAUAGAGGACAACAGACAAAUUUAUGAAGUUUCCCUAAUUAAAAUAUGCUACAAAAGUGGUCACCAAAUGUAAUUGGUAUACUAGAUUUUAUGAAUUCCUCACACAUCCCCCUAUUUCAUUAGUAAGGCUAAUGAACCAAAACACACUUUCUACAACCAGGCUUCAAGCAGGGAAGUAAAACUGCAUUGUUCCUCGAAGUAAACAUUAGAGGAAUCAACUGCCGCCAAUAAAAUCUAUUCAUCCAAUACAGUUGUGUGUCAGGGAGGGUGUUUAGCAUAAACUUCACAUCAUAUCUGGGUGUCUGAUUACACUGAAAGCUCUGGGUAUUUCACAAAAGAUAAAAAUUACAUUAUUUAAAAAUGGACUGGUGAAACCUACUCAAAGAUUAGGUAAAGAAGGCACCAUCUUUCUGUGAACAUAAAAUUUCCUAGCAGGAUACUCUCCAUCCUUAAUAUUUGUCUUUUCACACCUUUGACUUAAUCCUUCACAAAUUGUCUGUUAUUGGGAAAAAAACAAAACUUGUAAUUUUUACCCUUCGUUGCAUUUCCGUACAACAGCCCAGUUCAUUGCCAAGUACUACAGAACACACUGCAGACACCAAAUGCAUCGAUUCUAAAAUACAGACCCUUAAAGGGUCUAAAGGAUGAAAUUUUAAAGAAAACUUAAAUUUUCCAGUUAAGCCAAAUAUGCAGCUCUUUUCUAAAAGAGAUGCUGAGGAGAACUUUCCAAGAGUUCCAUCAACUUCAGGAUGCUAACGUGUUCUUUCCCAUUUGUAUGGUCCACUUGGAAAAAUACAGUCAUGACCCAAUUAAGUGCUGGUACAGAAAGAGGAUAAAUUCCAAGAAUGAGCGUUGCAGUAUGUCUUUUGUUCAAAUAAAAGGGUAUGCUCUGACUACCAAUCUGUCUGCUAAUUGCGCACAUACAGACAGUACUAGUGAAUCCUGGCAGUUGCCUCAGCUGUAAACUGGCUUCACACUAGUUAUAAACUUGGGUUAUAAUUUAAAUGGAAACAAAGGUCGAAAAUACAUUUGGUGCAAGUCAAAUAAAUAGUAUGUUUUCUAUGCAAUCUUAUCAUAAGGCAAAUUUAGUUUAGAGGACUGGAGUUUUUGAAUUCAGAGGCUUGAAAAGUAACAAACUACAGUGAUGAGGGAUGGAGCAUAUAACAGGAUUUUAUUAUUUCUGUACUCAAGACGUUCAAAUAAAAUCUGAGAACCAUUUCAAUACAGUCAGACUAAGUGUUAGAAAUAGGUCAGUUAAAAGCAUUGUGCAAUAUUCAUGUGAUUUUUUUACACAUGCACACUCUUAUGGAACCGAGAACUGGCAUCAAUAUGAUACAUGCCCUUUAAAUAAUAGAAUUACCUGAUACUGUUCCUUGUCAAAAAUGAUCCAGGUAUUCAUGACGUAUCAUUGAAAAGAACAAGAAAAACAAGGAAACCGCAAGAUUGAAAGCAUGAUUGAUCUGAUGAUUUUGAGUUGCAUUUAUGUUGGACUGAUACCAGUUUUCUAAUUGACCAAUUUAUGAUAGUGACAAACUCAGAUCAGAUGCAAGUUACAAAGUCUUUUAACAUUGAUAAGUUUUAGGUGAUAAAAUACACAAUUUGUUUAGCAUCAGCAUUUCUGUAUCAAUUUAGGUGCAGGUAUAAAAGAAUAGUGAAUGGUUCUGAAGGUUUAAGUGCAACAAGAACUAUUUAUCAGCAUCAAGGAGUAAAAUGAACUGUGGUACUUAUUUCAACAUACUUGAUGAUUUGCAGACAUUUUGAAGAUCAUGUAUAAAUUUAUGCAGAAUGCAACAUAUAAUGAAUCCCAGUUUCUACAUUUACAGUCAAACCAUCAAUGGCAGAUGGAAGCACAUUUCCAGGAAGAGACACUACAGGUUUUACAUUUGCACAUGAAAAUCUGAGACACUACAGGUUUUACAUUUGCACAUGAAAAUCUUAAGUUUAAACUUGCAACCCAAAAAGCUUAAAUCAAUAAAAAUCAACUUAUGAAAUGGAUCUGACAAAAAAAAAUAAAGUUCACCUGUUGCAGGGUAAAAUAAAGCCUAUUGUUCCUGUGCAAAAAGAAAAUUUACACAACUUAAUCUAAUAUCCACUUUACUCUCCCAACCCUGUGGGCCUUAAUUAUGGUCGAUGCUGGGACAGACUGACACUGGACAAAAUUAAGGUCGUUAAAAACCUUGUAACAAAUACUCAGAAGGACUUCGACAUAUUGCAAGCUAUGCAGCAAAUUACAAAGAAAACGACUAAGACUCACCCAUUCUGAUCAUAGUUUAUCUUUUAAGCGAAGAUGGAAUCAGACUGCAUGCUGUAUCAGGUUACCAACUGCAUUCAGCUGCAAAUCAGUCAAUUGUUGAACCAUAAUUAAAACACAUGCAGCUAAAUCUUAAGGGCCAGAAACAUCUCACCUACCGAAAUGUAACUCAAUUAAACUAAGGCUUUCUAAAUGUACUAUUUUAGAUUGUAAGAGAAACUGAACAUCAAAUAUUACUUUCAAUUGUUUUGACCAAAUUUUCCCGAUUGUUUUCCUAAACCCUACUUUGAGGGUAUUUCAGUACAUAUUCUCACAAAUUCAGGAUAAAAUAACCUGUAAAUAAAAAUACUGAGCUCAGUAA